AAAUUAAAAGUUAAAAAUGACUUGUGAUGUGCAAAGGUCCUGGGUUUAAUCCCCAGUACCAGACAAAAACAUGGAGUGGUGGAAUUUGGUUGAAUCACAGUUGGGAGGAGAUUGGGCAAUGGAGAGUUAAGUACAGGCCAGGUCAUAUGGAAAUAGUAAGCUAUUUUUACAGCCUUAACCAUAUUCUGAAAACAAAGCCACUGAAUUUAAAUAUGAUGACACAGCAAGACUUAAAUUUUUGGGGACCGGGAAUUUAGCUCGGUGGUUCCGUCGCCUGCCUCGCAAGCACAAGAUCCCAAGUUCGAUCCCCAGUACCAAAAAACAAAAAAUAAAUUUUUUCAAAUUCUGCUUUCCUAUGGGGAAAGGAUCAGAGAGGAACAAGAACCUUAUCCAUUUCCUCACAUACCCACACCGUGAAAGGCUCAUUAAUGCAGAUGGCCAUGGUAAAGUGUGGACAGAUUGGAAUGAUGCCUCCAAGUUUUUCCAGUAUGGAUGGAGAUGUACCACUAAUGAAAAUUCCUAUUGUAACCGAACUCUAAUGGGCAACUGGAACCAGGAAAGAUAUGACCUAAGGAAUAUUGUGCAGCCCAAACCCCUGCCUUCACAGUUUCAACACUGCUUUGAAACAACAUAUGAUACAAGCUACAACAGCAAAAUGCCACUUUCAACCCAUACUGGAACUUUGUCAAGCAGCAUUGGAGGUCGGUCGGGCUUCGCCACUGGAAUAUGCAGCAAGGCCCUAUCUCAAACAAAUAAACAAACAGGGGCUGGGGAUUUAGCUCAGUGGUGCCUCUGCCUGCCUUGCAAGCACAAGAUCCUGAGUUCAAUCCCUGGUACCAAAACAAACACAACAAGAUUUAAGCGAGAGCCUCAUUGGUUUCCAGGACAUCAGCCUGAACUGGAUCCUCCUCGAUACAAAUGCACAGAAAAAUCAACUUAUAUGAAGAGCUAUUCAAAGCCUCAAAUUAGGCAUCACUUUGGCUGUGUAUGGGCUGCUAGUACUGAUCAAUCUUAGGAUCCAGGAUAAGAAGCUUCACUUUCCAGAGUAGAAUGUAAAAGACAGCACAUUCUAAGCACAGCUAAAAAUUUAGCUCUCUGUAACACACUUUCACCUUCUGAACAAAUAAUGCAUGAGGCAUAAAAAAAACUUUUUUGUUUUAACCAGGAUUUUAAAUGCCAAAUUUGAGUUAAUUCUAUCUAUUCUUAGUUCAAUAUUAGAGUUGUUAUAGAGGUAUUUAAAAUAACUAUUUCUGUCAAAUCUAUAACUACUCUGAAGUUGGGCAUGGUGGUGCAUGCCUAUAAUCCCAGUACUUGGGAGAAGGUAUGAGGAGUAAUUGUUUAAGAGGUACAGAAUUUUAGUUUGGGAUGAUGAACUAGUUCUGGAACUGGAUAUUGGUGACAGUUGCAUAAUGUUGUGAAUAAAGUUAGUGUCACUAAAUCAAACAUGUAAAAUAGUUGAAAUGCUAAAUUUUAUGUUACUAUGUAUUUAAUUUCAAAGUGUUCUGGAUAUGUAGGAAUAAAAUGAGAUACAUAACAUAUAAACUUCAUGUAUACCUAUAAAGCUAUUAUUCAUAUUGCAAGAAUACACAUAUGUAUCCAUUUUUUUUAGACAAUAGUAUUGCAUCGCAUAUACAGUGUAUGCUUAAAAUUCUUCAAUCUGAUGAUGCACACUUGGGUUUUCAACUUUUGGCUUUUGUGAAUAAUACUGUUAUGAACAUUUA